AUGAGCCUCUUCGCAUUCGGGGACAAAGUGCCGCACGGCGACUUCAGCAGAGACGGCAUAACGCUCCACCCUAAGCCUCAUCCCGUCAGUCGAUCACAAUACCUUCUAGCGUUUUCACCCCAUCAAUUCAACAUCGCAGCCUCGUAUAUGCCCGAUAUAGGCGCUCCCCCCAAAGCAACCAAGCCUAUCACAAAUGGUCAAACUGUGGUGACUGGCCCCUUCGGCGCCGUCGAGCUCCCACGAAUCUCAGUGACCAAUAACGACGUCAAAUUGCGCCUCCCCGUGUUCGACGUUGAGGGCGUGACUGUUGCCGUGCUUCAGUGUAGAGAUGCUGACGGUGAUCUACUAGGCUUCCUCCUGCUACGCGAUGAGUUUGGAAGAGACCCCGUCCGGCCGCGCUAUUUCACUGGUGUCGGUUACAAGCGCUCCAAUGCUGGACCGCAGUACAGAGCUCGUCUAGUCAGCCUAGGUCAAGACCCGAACGACCUUCACUUUGACGGCAAACGGGUCACAGCGGAAUGGCGUACAAUCUUCAUGGUUUCCAGUCCUCCGGACCGGUUGUCCCCAGGCGCAACAACGGCGCUGCUCACUAUCAACUGCACUCCGGCGUCACCAUUCCGCUUCCCUCACUGGCUGGUGUCGAGAUUCGUAGCACUGCGGUUCCGGGUGUGGGAAAGUCGCAAUGCUGACGGGCUCAUCCGGAUGUCCAUAAUGCGUCCCGCAGGACCCGAUCGUAUCUGGCUCGACCUCGGGAUCUGCAAAGCAGACGCAGGUGCUCCUCUCUGCCGCUGGUCGAAGGUCACGAUACUCUACGAAGGCAGCUACAUGCCGCAUGAAGAUGUCUCCCGUGCGCAUGACUGCACCAAACACCAUAUCGACUGCUGGACGGCACAGUCGAAGGACUUUGGGGACGCAGAUCGAACGGUGCGGGUGUCCUUCACGCCGUGCAAGCGGUCUCCGGAGACGACGCGGGUCGUUCAUAUCGAGCUCUUCGGCCGCGUCUACGCCCAGAUGCUCCUGGAGGCGACCAUCACCUUUCCAUCCCUCGACGAUCGGCACAAGGGCGUGCAGCCUCGUUCAGACCUAACCUAACCUCGGAGCGACGCUGGGCGCAAGGCUCGGCUCUUAUAUACACGACUGCCGUCACCGCCGCGAAUCGACGAGUACGCUUGGUACUCGGGGCUCGACUACUCAGUAGGUCGGUCAAGCUUCAAGUUGGCAGCUCCCGCACCAGGUCUAUCCGCGAUCCGAUCUUUGUCGUCGACGAAAACCUCACGACUUUAGCGGCAGACUGGAAACACCUGAAAAGCCUAUUCGGGAUCGCGCUUUCCUCUGCCAUAGCCACUUUUGGCCGCUUUCGCUUCAUGAAUUUGCCGUUCUCUGGCGUACAGACUUGUACAUCCCUACGAGAGCGACUUGCAAGACGGGUGGCCGAGCGCCGUACUGUAUGUCAAAGCUGCGCGACCACGCUCUCGGCAUGGUGACCGGCGCUCGAAUCCCCCUGUACUCGCGACCGAACUCGUUACGCUCCACGCUCCAGCCAAGCCUACCCGACCUAGGUGCAAGCCCCAGGCAGCGCCACGUCCGCACGCGAAACCCAUGGGACCCACCAGCGUCGGUCUUCAAAUGUAUGACGUCCCUGACGUCAUCCCCCCUCCGCACCGCUGCCCCCUCCUUUC